CACCGUUUUUAGAGCCUUCAAAUCGAACUAAUUAUUAGUUAAAGACAAUAAUACAAUAUAGACAAUCAUGUUGGGGUCACUCUGUAACCCACCUGGCACUAUAAUGGAAAAUGCUGGGGACUUGUGCUUGCACUUACACUGUGCCGUUAGUUAAAAGGGCACUUGACCUAGAACACCCGGUAAGAGAGCUCUCUAUUAGGUCGUAAUUCAAUUGUUCGGAAAAGAGGGGCCCACUUGUUCAACCACAAUAGGUAGAGGUAGCGUACCUACGUAGUAGUAGGACCGGUAUUGGGUAUACCAGUUAUGUCGCUAGAUGUUUCGUGCGUCGUUUCGAAACACGUGGUGGUGGUGAGACGGUGCGGCAUGGUCUCGUUCAAAUUGCGUUCAAUCCGAAAAGGCAUUUUUUAUAACUGACCAGUGAGCGACCAUGUCGAAGCCGAAGGAAAAGGGAGCGUCGGGUGAAACUUCCUCCGAGGGACGGUUCAAGAUGAAAAAGGAAUUAACGUUGCUGGAUGGCGUUGCCAUUAUCGUGGGUGUUAUAAUCGGUUCUGGCAUCUUUGUGUCCCCAAAGGGUGUGCUGAAGUAUUCGGGAUCGAUGGGAAUGGCCAUCGUCGUCUGGAUCCUGUCCGGGAUACUGUCCAUGCUGGGAGCGUUGUGCUAUGCGGAGUUAGGUACAAUGAUACCAAAAUCAGGCGGCGAUUAUGCCUAUAUUAUGGAGGCGUUUGGAUCUUUGCCCGCCUUCCUCUACCUUUGGGUGGCUCUUUUCAUUUUAGUCCCCACUGGAAAUGCCAUCACUGCCAUGACUUUCUCCCAAUACAUUAUUCAGCCCUUCUGGGGCGACUGCAAGGCCCCCAUUGAGGCUGUGAGGCUCGUUGCCGCCGCCACCAUUUGCGGACUCACUUUAAUUAAUUGCUAUAAUGUCAAGUGGGUGACCAGAGUGACCGAUACAUUCACGGCGACCAAAAUUUUCGCUUUGCUCAUCAUCGUCAUCGCGGGUUUAGUGCAUCUGUUCACCGGUCAUUCGGAGAACUUCCAGGCGCCGAUGGAUGGAACCAAUUGGGAUCCAUCCCAUAUAGCGCUUUCGUUCUACAGUGGACUGUUUUCUUAUUCUGGGUGGAACUACUUGAACUACGUUACUGAAGAACUGAAGAAUCCCUACAGGAAUCUUCCACGAGCGAUUUGCAUCUCCAUGCCCAUGGUGACGAUCAUCUAUGUGGUUACCAAUGUGGCAUAUUUUACGGUUUUGAGCCGGAAUGAUAUUUUGGCCUCGGAUGCAGUGGCAAUCACCUUUGGGGAUAAAAUGCUGGGCUUCGCCUCCUUCCUCAUGCCAGUGUUCGUCGCAUGUGCCACCUUUGGCUCGUUGAAUGGGGCCAUUUACGCUUCGUCGCGUCUCUUUUUCGUUGGAGCCCGCGACGGGCAUCUGCCCCGAGCCAUCUCCCUGAUCGACGUCAAAAGACUGACGCCAGUCCCAUCGCUGAUAUUCAUGUGCUUCAUUACGCUGGUUCUCCUAAUUGCUGGCGACGUCUACGUGCUGAUUAACUACGUCCAGUUCGUCGAAGCUCUUUUCAUCACAAUCAGCGUGUUGGGGCUGCUCUACAUGCGCUACACUUUGCCCAACGCCACCAGGCCAAUCAAAGUGAACUAUGCACUGCCCAUCACUUUCUUCAUAAUCUGCGCCUUUUUGGUGAUCUUCCCCUGCUACGAAACCCCGGUGGAAGUUGGAGUGGGGCUGGCCAUUAUUCUGCUGGGAAUUCCCGUCUAUAUGGUGACUAUCGGCUGGAAGAACAAGCCCAGAUGGCUGCAGCAGCUGUUCGAUGAUUUCAACGACAGUUGCGCCAAAUUGUUCAUGUGCAUUCCCGAACAGGUUUACGAAAAGGAAGUGUGAUCUCGCAAAUUUUCAAACUCUCAAGUGCUUUUAAGUAUCGCGGUACUUAAUGAUCUAGUUGUGUGUAGCUGCUCGAGCUUCGCGGGGAUUUCCCCGCUCUAAGUUGUGCGAGUGUGUUUAAUAUGUAGUUCAGCAUUAUUCCAUUUGUGCCUUAGUCAGAACUCGGCAAGAAAUUAAGUAAUUGUGAGCGCUUUGUAGUGUCACUUAAUUCCCUGAUUGGAUUAUAGUGCGUUUAAGAAGGAAACUGUCGCAAUGGGCCCGUCAAGUCCCCACGUUACUAAGUAGAUAAUUCAGCAAACAUAUGUACAGAGUUGUUCACAAUCAGUGCUCUAUUAAAGGAUUUGGAAGCUA